GCCUUCUUUCCAGAAAGAAAUUAUUUUUCACCAAAAAAAUAUGAUGAGGACUGUAACAAUUAAGCAACAGCAGCAAAUGAUUAAGGAGAGUGAAGAACAAUUGAGAAAUGGAAGGCUCAAUUACUUGGAAGUGGUUAAUGAUUAUUGUUAUUGGAUGGGUUGGAACAAAUUGUGUUCCAUGGGAAGGGUAAUGAAGGGAAUGUGUUGUUUAAUGUAUUCAAAGGACAACAAUAUUCACACACAAGAGAGAAUAUUUUAUAUCUCACGAGAUAGACGAACACUUUUUUUUUCCCUUUUUCUUCCGACAAAUAAAUCAGGUAAAGCAAGAAUCAAUUCAAAAGGUGAGAUGAAAGGUUGAAGCCAACUACAGAACUGGAAAUAGCGUUGGUCAUAUCAACAAGCAAUGAAGAAUAGUAAAGAGUAAUGUUUUAGCUUGAAAUGUAUGGAAAAUCAAAAAAGAAAAGAAAGAUGAAGGAAAUUAUGUGAAUGACUGAAUUGACACAAUUGAGCUUAUGUUAGAGUAUGGAAGUUAUUGCUGAAAGUAGAAAGAAAUGUUUAUGUAUGAAUUAA